AUGGUCUCUCUUCAAUCCUUGGCCCUUAUCCUUGUCCUUUACGGGCUGGGAACACAGGCAGCACCAGCCCAGGAAGGACAGGCAGUUGAGCAUCAUGAAGAAGUCUCCAUCUUAGACUUAGUUCGCAAUGGCAAAGUCACGGAUAGUGGCACUGUCAUUGUGACAUACAAGCACGAAUUGCCUGAACCGAACCGGGAUGACACCUAUGAGGUUGACGGCAUCACCUUCUACGGUUUCCCAGGAGGAGUCGAUGUCCAUCCUGAGUUCUGGGAAGAACGUAACAUCUCUUUCCCCGAUACAGCCAACUCCUCCAGCCUAGAGGCUAGACAGAGUUAUAUUACCUCGUGUGAACCUUGCAAAUGCACUUACAACAAACAGGUUUACUAUGAAUGGCAAACUCAGAACUGGAAUGCGGUCCAGGGCAAUACGCAUCAGCUCUCUGACUCCCUCUGCCCGCCCGGCAGCAUUUCGAAGACUUGGACUAAGUCAUGGUCUCACCAAAUUUCUGUCCAAGCAGGCCCAGACCUCAAAAUUGGCGCAGGCAUACUCGAAAAAUUUGCCAUUCGCGCUGGCUACUCCUAUACCUGGGGGAAGGCUGUGGCAACAGCUUACAGUGUCUCCUGGACCACGCCCGGUCAGCAACAUCCUUUCAUUGAAACAUUCCGACCAAACAUUUUUGUGGUGAAUGGAAUUGCUCGGGCCCAUUAUGUUGAUCACUACUACAACAACAUGGCGUGCGGUGUUAGCGAUUGGAGUCACAUAAACCUCCAUCUGCCACUGGUCAACAAGGACAAUAAUGACUGCCUACAGGAUUCCAGCUCAUGUGGUGCUGCCGGUACCUACGACUCUUGCUUCUAUAUCGGAAAGUAUGCCAAAACCUUAUGCCCUGGUCGGAACCUUGGUGCGACUCCUGUGGGCCGCGAGUGCCCGAAUUACCUUUAUCCUGCUCCUUUCAACAACCCGGCGAAAAACUGA